GGUGGCCGGUCCGCGAGCCGGGGGGAGGGGCCGGGGCGGUGGUGGUGGCAGCGGCGGAGGAGGCGGUGGCGGCGGGGGCCGGUACUGGACCCGGCGGGAUGAGCGAGGCGGAGGCGGCAGUGGUGGCGACAGCGGCCCCCGCGGCGACGGUGCCCGCGACGGCGGCAGGGGUGGUAGCGGUGGUGGUACCGGUGCCCGCGGGAGAGCCGCAGAAAGCAGGCGGCGGGGCGGGCGGCGGGGGCGGAGCCGCCUCUGGCCCCGCUGCCGGGACCCCCGCAGCGCCUGGCCCUCGCACCCCUGGUAACCCGGCGACGGCGGCUUCGGGGACUCCCGCGCCCCCGGCCCGGAGUCAGGCGGACAAGCCGGUGCUGGCAAUCCAAGUCCUGGGCACUGUCAAAUGGUUCAACGUCCGGAAUGGUUACGGAUUCAUCAACAGGAAUGACACCAAGGAGGAUGUCUUUGUUCACCAGACAGCUAUUAAAAGAAACAACCCCAGGAAGUUUCUGCGAAGUGUUGGAGAUGGGGAGACUGUGGAGUUCGAUGUCGUGGAAGGAGAGAAGGGUGCAGAAGCUGCUAAUGUAACUGGGCCUGGGGGGGUGCCGGUGAAGGGCAGCCGCUAUGCUCCCAAUCGACGUAGGUUCCGCAGAUUCAUCCCCCGGCCUCGUCCAGCUGCCCCACCACCCAUGGUGGCAGAGGCUCCCUCGGGUGGGACUGAACCUGGCAGCGAAGGGGAGCGGGCAGAGGACUCGGGGCAGCGGCCUAGACGACGGCGCCCACCACCCUUCUUCUAUCGAAGGCGGUUUGUGCGAGGCCCUCGGCCCCCCAAUCAGCAGCAGCCCAUAGAGGGCUCCGACGGGGUAGAACCCAAGGAGACAGCCCCACUGGAGGGGGACCAACAGCAAGGAGAUGAACGGGUGCCCCCACCCAGGUUCCGGCCCAGGUACCGAAGGCCUUUCCGCCCCAGGCCACCCCAACAGCCUACCACAGAAGGUGGGGAUGGCGAGACCAAGCCCAGCCAAGGCCCCACUGAUGGCUCCCGGCCUGAGCCCCAGCGUCCACGAAACCGACCCUACUUCCAGCGCCGUCGGCAGCAGCCCCCUGGCCCCCGGCAGCCGAUAGCCGCAGAGACCUCAGCACCUAUCAACAGUGGGGACCCCCCCACCACCAUACUGGAGUGAUUCCAACUCAGAGGACACCCAGAGCUACCAUCUGGUAUCUGCCAGUUUCCAACUGACUACCCAGCAUCCCCCUCCCCCCUUUCCCAUAAUUCAUGACAUCAAAACAUCGGCUUUUCCCUUGAGACUCAGGAGGGCCAAAGCAACAGCCUUUGGCUUUUUUCUCUUUUUUCCCUCUCCCUCCCAAGGGUUGAAGGAAGGGAUCCGUCCUCACUGUUCAGAGGCAUCCGCUCCCUCCCCUAAGUCAGGCUGAGAAGGAACCAGCCCGCUCUUCACCCCCUCCUGAUUGGUUUACCCCGCCCAUUUAUUUUUUGUUUCCCUUCUACCUCCUCCCAACACCUCUGAAGCCAUUUUAUGAACUGUCAUGUGCCACCUGAGCCUCCAAUAAAAACAAAAGCAGGCUUUCUUGUU